UCCUCCUCCUCCUCCUCCUCCUCCUCCUCGUCCUCCGUCGUGGUCCGGGCCGGUGUCGGGGCCGCGAUGUCGGCGGCUGCGGGCGGCGUCGGGGGUGAGGCGGGCGUCCCGGUCCGCUACUACCGGCUGGACGAGAUCCAGAAGCACAACCACAGCAAGAGCACCUGGCUCAUCCUGCACCACAAGGUCUACGACCUCACCAGGUUCCUGGAGGAGCAUCCUGGUGGGGAAGAAGUUCUACGGGAACAAGCUGGCCAAGAUGCCACGGAAAGCUUCGAAGAUGUGGGGCACUCCACAGAUGCCCAAGAAUUGUCAAAGUCAUUCAUCAUAGGGGAGGUUCAUCCGGAUGACAGAUCGAAACUGAAGAAGCCAGUGGAAUCCUUCGUUACUCCUGUUGAGGAUAAUUACAGUUGGUGGUCCAAUUGGGUCAUCCCGGCUUUGUCAGCACUCAUCGUGGCCUUGAUGUAUCGCUUCUUCGUGGCCGAAGCGUAAGGCCCCGACCGUAGGACCCGGUGUACGGAGGAACAGACGGACAAAAUCAAGACGCCAAUAUAACCAUCUCCUUUGCCCGAAUGAAACCCAGGCUCAUUUGAAAGAGAACUUUAACCUGUCAUUCCUAAUGGGUCUCCAUUCCCUUCCCCAUUGGCCCCGAAAACCAAAAACAGACUCUCCUGCUGUGCACUUAUUGGGGUGCAAUUUUUAUUCAAUCUCUUUAUAAGUCUCAGAAGGUUGCGUUGAUUCGCCUGGUCCGUUCCCUGGGUAAUGAACUAAUUACUGAUCGUACUAUGCUGCUCUUUGAAUUAGAUGACUGUUGUGCAAGUUUGUCUUUACUGCUUCCGAAAUCUUUAUCAGCUUCUGACACCACCUCUUGUUCAGGCCUAACCAGCCCCAGUUUACAGAUAUUUAGAAAAAAAACCCCUUGAUUUUCUGCAUUUUCAGCUUUACCUGUAACGGCCGCUGAGGAAGGAAAAGAGAAGCCUGCGAAUAUAAUAUAAAUUGUUGGACUAAUUGUUCUUUUUAUAUAAGGGUGGUGGGAGGGAUCGAUGCCCAGAAGGAGGUGAUUUUUUGAUUGAUCCUGAAACCGCAAGAGACGACUGUCACCAGUCCAAUAAGACUGUUCUCCAUCCUCUUCUGUAUUCAGGCGCUUUGGAAGAGUUCCUGCUGAGACUUUCUAGUUAUUUCCGUUUUCUCUGGGGCUGGGGAGAAGUGGGGGGGGCAAUCUGAUCGGAAGAUAAAUGAGAACCUAACCAACACUCGUAUGCGUGGUUGUUGCUUUGGGCAGUAGAACGAUUUCUUCAGAUUUAAGGUGGAGGAAGGGGUUGAGGACCGGGUAUCAUUUUGGGGAGCAGUUCUGCAAACAGAUGGACAGAGAAUGAUAUGCCCUUACUGGACUGACUUUGAAGGACAGAAUUUUAAAGGAUUUCAAUUGCUUCCUGUCCUGUGUUCACACCUUUCUCCCUCACUAAGGGGUUGUUGAUAUUAUCGCAAACACUAAAAAGUAACUGUGGCGCAUUAACUGGGAUCAUGUAUCUUUUUGGUGACGAAUGGAAGAGGCAACGUAUAUGAGAGCAAGUCAGAACCUCUUAAAAUGCCUUUUGGAAAGGUGGAUCAUUGCUUUAUUACUAUGUAGGCGUAGCUUUUAAUAACACUCUGCCUACCUCCUCCUGCUCAGUCUCGUAGGACCUCUAAACUCAAAGGACUUCAAACGUAACUGUCCAUUUUUUAUGAUUAAGCAUAGACUGUAGACAGUGCUUGUAUUAAUAAUGGAGAAAGACCCUUUCAUAUAAUUUUGAAUAAACAUUUACCUGAUUAAAAAAA